AUGGGCGAAAACGGUACCAGUCUGCUUCGACAGAAGGUGAGUGAACGAGCCCGUGAGCAGAGAGCGGCACGCGAUGCAGCACUAUGGAACAAGUUCCACAAACUGCCUGAUCCAACGUCAUCCAGAGGCGACACUCCGGGACACAACCUGUCCUCAAAGGAACUGACGAAUGAGGAAGUACAGGUUUUACAGCACGAAGCCUCAUUCAACACAGCCGACGCCAAACCUGUCAACAUGAUUGCAGCAGUGGAAUCGGUCAUUAAUCAGACGGAAGCUGCGGAGGAAACGAAGAACUUUAUCCGACACCAAGUGUCGUCCCUCCUUUUGACUCACAAGCCGCGCGAAAUACUCCGUAAGGUCGAACGCAAUGCACUAAGAGAAAUCAAGGCCGACAAGGAUAUCGUCAUCGUGCCCGCGGACAAGGGGCGCUCCACAGUCGUACUGGACAACACAGACUACCUUAAGAAGGCCAAAACCUACUGGAGGGUCGCCAGUUUUAUGUCCCAUGUGAAACCGACCCCGUAA